AUGCCUCCAAAAGCGAAAUACUGUGCGGGCUGUUCGAAAAAAAUCACAAACCGCGAAUUUUUGUCUUGCUGCUUAUGCAAUGAUACCUAUGAUAUUGAAUGCGUAAAUUACUCGUACAAGUUAUUUUGCCUUAUGGAUAAGGAAAAGAAAGACAAUUGGAAAUGCCCAACAUGCAAAAGUAAACAAAGGAAGUUCGAUAAUACUAACACCCCUGUACAAGGCUGUCGUAUGGAUUCGCUUUCAUCUGCAUCUGAUCAGAUAACCGAAGACUCUGAAGAAUGUGCUUUAACUCAACGCAAACCGCUAAUCCCAGAGAAACAACCAUUAUCUCCUGGUUCUUCUUCUAUCAUGGACGAUAAGGUUUUAGUCAAUAUUAUACGUCGAGAAAUACAGCAGUCUGUGACGGAGGCUGUUGAAUCAGCCGUCAAGAUGUAUUUUUCUAAGGAGUUCGAUGAAAUUAAAUGCGAAUUGGCUACCUUACGAGAAAUCGGCAAAAGUGUGGAAUUUCUUAGCUCUCAAUAUGACCGGAUGAAUUCUGACAUAAAAAAUUUACAGGAUCGACUUACCGUGGUUACUAAAGAGAAUUUAACGCUAUCCAGUCAAGUAUUAGAUAUCUCAGAUAGACUUAACCUAAUGGAACAGCACUCUCGGGAAACGAACAUUGAGAUCAACGGCGUUCCGGAAAAUAAGUCCGAAAAUUUGCUGUCCUUAGCGAAACAACUUUGCUCUACUAUUUCCGUCCCUUUGAUGGACUCUGAAGUACUAUCGGGCACUAGAGUAAGAAAAAAUGAAUGA